AUGGCAGCCAUCAUUCUUGGCCAAGUGCUGGCGCGUCCUCCUGGGCGCGCCUCCUGCAGGGUCCCUCAGGGCAGACUGGGCCCGCCUCCGAGGUUAGGUCUCGAUGCUCAGCAUCUGGCUAUUCACCUGGAGCAAGCCAGGGGCGCGGACAGGUGGAUUGACUGUUCCCCAAAAGGAUCGCCCCCUCCCCUCGGCUCCCAUCCCUGUGCUACUAGCAGGAUUCGCUUUCCCCCAGGCGACCGAUAUUCUAUCUCUCUUGAGGAGAGAGUUAUAUGUGGCUGUAGUCAAAUUUGGGAUGAACUUACUGCUGUGAACGUGAAGCAGGGUUUCAACAAUCAGCCAGCCUUCACUGGAGACGAGCAUGGCUCUGCCAGAAAUAUUGUAAUCAACCCAUCAAAGAUCGGCGCAUAUUUCAGCAGCAUAUUGGCUGAGAAACUAAAGCUUAACACUUUCCAGGACACCGGCAAGAAGAAACCCCAAGUGAAUGCUAAAGAUAAUUAUUGGCUGGUUACUGCUCGAUCUCAGAGUGCAAUUCAUAGUUGGUUCUCUGACUUAGCAGGGAAUAAACCACUUGCUAUUUUGGCAAAAAAGGUCCCCAUCCUUAGUAAAAAAGAGGACGUUUUUGCAUAUUUAGCUAAGUAUUCUGUGCCAAUGGUUCGAGCAACGUGGCUGAUCAAGAUGACUUGUGCCUAUUAUUCUGCUAUUUCUGAAGCUAAAAUCAAGAAACGCCAGGCUCCGGAUCCCAAUUUGGAGUGGACACAGAUAUCUACCAGGUACCUUAGAGAGCAGUUGGUCAAGAUCUCUGACUUUUAUCACAUGGCCUCCAGUACAGGUGAUGGUCCUGUCCCUGUGCCACCAGAGGUCGAGCAAGCCAUGAAGCAGUGGGAGUAUAACGAGAAGCUGGCAUUUCACAUGUUCCAGGAAGGAAUGUUGGAAAAACAUGAGUAUUUGACGUGGAUCCUGGAUGUCCUAGAAAAGAUCAGACCAGUGGAUGACAACCUUCUGAAGCUCCUUUUACCACUGAUGCUGCAGUAUUCAGAUGAGUUUGUUCAGUCAGCCUACCUGUCUCGUCGUCUCGCGUACUUUUGUGCCCGGCGUCUUUCCUUGCUUCUGAGUGAUAGCCCCAACCUACUUGCUGCUCACUCACCCCACAUGAUAAUUGGAGCAAACAAUACGAGUAUCGGGACCCCGAGUCCUGGCACCCCUGGCCCUGGUAUGAGCCCCAUGCAGCUAGCCUUUUCGGAUUUCCUAUCCUGUGCGCAGCAUGGCCCUUUGGUCUAUGGACUUAGUUGUAUGUUGCAGACUGUCACUCUGUGUUGCCCAAGUGCCUUGGUGUGGAAUUAUUCCACAAAUGAAAAUAAGAUCGCAAACCCAGGCUCUCCCCUGGAUCUGCUGCAGGUUGCUCCUUCCAGCCUCCCCAUGCCGGGUGGGAAUACGGCUUUCAAUCAGCAGGUUCGGGCAAGGAUCUAUGAGGUAGAACAGCAAAUAAAACAACGAGGCCGUGCAGUGGAAGUUCGGUGGUCUUUCGACAAGUGUCAGGAGUCGACAGCAGGGGUGACCAUUAGUCGGGUUUUGCACACACUGGAAGUCUUGGAUCGUCAUUGUUUUGACCGAACUGAUUCCAGCAAUUCGAUGGAGACGCUUUAUCAUAAAAUUUUCUGGGCAAACCAAAACAAAGAUAACCAAGAGGUUGCCCCCAAUGAUGAAGCUGUGGUGACAUUGUUAUGUGAAUGGGCUGUGAGCUGCAAAAGAUCUGGCAAGCACCGGGCCAUGGCUGUGGCAAAACUCUUGGAGAAAAGACAAGCAGAGAUUGAGGCAGAGAGAUGUGGCGACUCAGAAGUACUGGACGAGAAAGAGUCAAUCUCUUCAGCCUCCCUUGCUGGAUCUAGUUUGCCUGUUUUCCAGAAUGUUUUGCUAAGAUUUUUAGAUACACAGGCACCAUCACUGUCGGACCCAAACAGUGAAUGCGAGAAGGUAGAAUUUGUGAACUUGGUGCUGCUCUUCUGUGAGUUUAUCCGCCAUGACGUCUUCUCCCAUGAUGCAUACAUGUGCACCCUCAUCUCAAGAGGAGAUUUGUCAGUCAGUGCCUCGGCUGGGCUGCGGUCACCAGUAGGAGAGAAUGCAGAUGAACACUAUUCCAAGGACCAUGAUAUGAAGAUGGAGGAACACAGUAUUAUGGCGCACAUGGGCCUUGGCUCAGGAACCACUAACAUUUUUGAUGAAGUAGACAAGAGUGACUUUAAAAGUGACUUUGGUUCUGAGUUUCCAAUUUUCUCUCCCAUGCCUGGAGAGUCCUGUGAGAAUGCCCACCCUUCCCUGAGCAGAGGAAUGUCAGUUAAUGGCGAGAAACUUCUGAAGAGAGAAAAACCAAGGGAACUAAUUUUUCCAUCAAACUAUGACCUCCUCCGCCACCUGCAGUACGCCACCCACUUUCCUAUACCUCUGGAUGAAUCUUCAAAUCAUGAAUGUAACCAGCGCACAAUCCUUCUCUACGGAGUCGGAAAAGAGCGUGAUGAAGCCAGGCAUCAGCUGAAGAAGAUUACCAAAGAUAUCCUGAAAAUCCUAAACAAGAAGAGCACCACAGAAUCAGGGGUUGGGGAUGAAGGACAGAAAGCCAGGAAGAGCAAGCAGGAAGUUUUUCCAACCCCGGAAACCGUUUUCACGAAACUCCAGCUCCUCUCAUACUUUGAUCAACAUCAAGUGACAUCUCAGAUCUCUAACAAUGUGCUGGAGCAAAUCACAAGCUUUGCGUCUGGAACAUCCUACCACCUCCCUUUGGCUCACCAUAUUCAACUCAUCUUUGAUCUCAUGGAGCCAGCGCUGAAUAUCAAUGGACUAAUUGACUUUGCAAUACAGUUACUGAAUGAACUGAGCGUGGUGGAAGCUGAGCUGCUCUUGAAGUCUUCUAGCCUGGCAGGAAGUUACACUACAGGACUGUGUGUCUGUAUCGUGGCUGUUCUCAGGCGGUAUCAUAGUUGCCUGAUUCUAAAUCCUGAUCAGACAGCCCAGGUGUUUGAAGGGCUGUGUGGUGUGGUGAAGCAUGUUGUCAAUCCCUCAGAAUGCUCCUCCCCGGAAAGAUGUAUCCUGGCCUACCUCUACGACCUCUAUGUGUCAUGUAGCCACCUCAGAAGUAAAUUUGGAGACCUUUUCAGUAGUGCCUGUUCAAAAGUAAAGCAGACCAUAUAUAAUAACGUAAUGCCUGCCAAUUCCAACUUACGCUGGGAUCCAGACUUUAUGAUGGAUUUUAUUGAGAAUCCUUCAGCAAGAAGCAUCAAUUACUCAAUGCUGGGCAAGAUCCUCAGUGACAAUGCUGCCAAUCGGUACAGCUUUGUCUGCAACACACUCAUGAAUGUGUGCAUGGGACACCAGGAUGCCGGCCGGAUAAAUGACAUAGCCAAUUUCUCCUCUGAGUUAACUGCUUGCUGUACAGUACUUAGUUCAGAGUGGCUGGGGGUUCUGAAGGCUCUUUGUUGUUCUUCAAAUCAUGUGUGGGGAUUUAAUGAUGUACUCUGCACUGUGGAUGUGAGUGACCUUUCAUUCCAUGAUUCAUUAGCUACUUUCAUUGCUAUCCUGAUAGCACGACAGUGUUUCUCCCUGGAGGACGUCGUGCAACAUGUCGCCCUUCCCUCUCUGUUAGCAGCAGCUUGUGGAGAUGCAGAUGCAGAGCCAGGGGCAAGAAUGACAUGCCGCCUCCUGCUUCACCUCUUCCGAGCUCCCCAGGCCUGCUUUUUCCCUCAAGCAACAGGCAAACCUUUCCCUGGAAUAAGAUCAUCUUGUGAUAGACACCUCUUAGCCGCCGCUCACAACAGCAUAGAAGUGGGAGCAGUUUUUGCUGUCUUAAAAGCAAUUAUGAUGCUUGGAGAUGCCAAAAUUGGCAGUAACAAUGUCAAUGCUUUAAAGAAUGAUGACUUCAACAUGAGGGGUUUAAGACGUGAUGGGAAUGCUGAAGAUGCCUGGGCCACCUCACAGAAUUCAAAAUCCUAUGGGAAAAGCAUUUCCAUAGAAACUGCCAACCUAAGAGAAUAUGCUAGAUAUGUACUGAGGACUAUCUGCCAACAGGAAUGGGUAGGAGAACAUUGCUUAAAAGAACCAGAGCGAUUAUGCACAGACAAAGAACUGAUUUUGGACCCUGUGCUUUCAAACAUGCAAGCACAGAAAUUACUGCAGCUAAUCUGUUACCCUCAUGGCAUUAAAGAGUGCACAGAGGGGGACAACCUGCAAAGACAGCACAUUAAGCGCAUUCUUCAGAAUCUUGAGCAGUGGACAUUGAGACAGUCCUGGCUAGAGCUUCAAUUAAUGAUCAAACAGUGCUUGAAGGACCCUAGUUCUGGUUCUGUGGCCGAAAUGAACAACUUACUGGACAAUAUUGCAAAGGCAACGAUAGAAGUGUUCCAGCAGUCUGCAGACCUAAAUAACAAUGCCCCAAGUUCUGGCAUAAGCCUCUUCAACCCAAAUGGUAUUGGAAGUGCUGAUACAAGUAGCACAAGACAGAAUGGAAUAAAGACAUUUUUAAGUUCCUCUGAACGCAGGGGUGUGUGGCUGGUGGCCCCCCUCAUCGCCAGGCUGCCAACCUCCGUACAGGGAAGAGUGUUGAAAGCUGCUGGGGAAGAGCUGGAGAAGGGGCAGCACCUGGGCUCUUCUUCAAAGAAGGAAAGAGACAGGCAGAAACAGAAAAGUAUGUCUCUUUUGAGUCAGCAACCUUUCCUCUCCUUGGUCCUUACCUGCCUUAAGGGGCAAGAUGAACAACGGGAAGGCCUCCUCACAUCUCUGCAGAAUCAAGUCAAUCAGAUCUUAAGUAACUGGAGGGAAGAAAGAUACCAAGAUGAUACAAAAGCCCGCCAGAUGAUGCAUGAGGCUCUGCAACUUCGACUAAAUCUGGUAGGAGGGAUGUUUGACACGGUCCAGAGGAGCACCCAGGGAACCACUGACUGGGCUCUCCUACUCCUCCAGAUAAUUACUUCAGGAACUGUUGACAUGCACACUAACAAUGAAUUAUUCACAACAGUUCUUGACAUGCUGGGUGUUUUAAUCAAUGGGACAUUGGCUUCUGACCUAUCAAAUGCUUCCCCCGGGGGAUCUGAAGAGAACAAACGUGCAUACAUGAAUUUGGUAAAGAAACUGAAAAAAGAACUAGGAGACAAGCGGUCAGAAAGCAUUGACAAAGUUCGACAGUUGUUGCCUUUGCCAAAACAGACAUGCGAUGUCAUCACUUGUGAACCCAUGGGUUCUCUGAUCGAUACAAAGGGAAACAAAAUUGCUGGAUUUGACUCCAUUGAUAAAAAACAGGGUCUCCAGGUCUCUACAAAACAGAAGGUGUCCCCAUGGGACCUGUUUGAGGGUCAGAAGAACCCAGCUCCUCUGUCCUGGGCCUGGUUCGGCACUGUCCGUGUGGACCGGAAGGUGGUAAAAUAUGAGGAACAGCACCACUUCCUGCUGUACCACACACAUACCAUGCCUAAGCCCCGAAGCUACUAUCUUGAGCCACUGCCCCUACCUCCUGAGGAGGAAGAGGAAGAGCCAUCAUCUCCAGUUUCUCAGGAACCAGAAAGGAAAUCAGCUGAACUGUCAGAUCAAGGAAAAACAACAGCUGACGAAGAGAAGAAGACAAAGGGAAGGAAGCGUAAGACAAAAUCAAGCUCACGAAUUGAUGAGUAUCAGCAGAGCAACAUAUACCGAGUGCCUCCUAAUUACUCGCCCAUGUCCUCCCAAAUGAUGCAUCAUCCGCAGUCUGCGCUGUGGGGUUACAACCUGAUGAGCCAGCCCCAGCAGCCCAGCUUUUUUCUUCAGAAUCCAUCUCUGAAUCCAGGUGGCUCCAGAUUGGACCCUGCAGGCUCAUUUGUCCCAACCAAUACGAAGCAAGCUUUGUCCAACAUGCUGCAGAGGCGCUCAGGUGCCAUGCUGCAGCCACCCUCCCUUCAUGCAAUCACAUCUCAGCAGCAGCUGCUACAGAUGAAGCUUCUACAGCAGCAGCAGCAGCAACAACAGCAACAGCAGCAGAGGCUUCUCAGACAGGCCCAGACUCGACCUUUCCAACAGGGCCAGCCAGGGGACCAGGCUGCUCUCUUUACUGCACAAGCACGACCCUCCCCUCAGCUCCCUCAGUAUCCAGGGCUGCAACAAGCACAGACCAUGCCCCAGGGCUACACAAUGUAUGGAACACAGAUGCCUUUGCAACAGGCAGCUCAGCAGCAGUCUGGUGGUGUGGUCCUUUCCCCCAGCUACAACUCCAGGGCCUAUCCAGCUGCACAUUCCAGCCCAGCGCUGAUGGAAAGACUACGACAGCUUCAGCAGCAGCCAAGUGGCUACGUGCAGCAGCAGGCCUCACCGUACCUGCAGCCUGUAGCUGGCUCUCAGAGACUGAACCACCAGGCUCUACAGCAGAGCCCUCUGGUGGGCGGGGGAAUUGAUGCUGUGCUGACUCCCGCACAUCCCAACCUCCCCUCGGUGCCCCUGCCUCAGGACCCAAUGAGGCCCAGACAGCCGCAAGUUCGACAGCAGCAGAGACUCCUCCAGAUGCAGCAGCCCCAGCAGGCCCCCCAGCCCCAGCAGCCCUCACAGCCCCAGAAUCAGACCCUUGGUCUCCAAGCAAUGCAGCCCCAGCAGCCUUUGUUCCCCAGGCAAGGCUUGCAGCAGACCCAGCAACAGCAACAGACAGCCGCCCUGGUACGACAGCUCCAGAAGCAACUUUCUAGUAAGUAUCUGCCUCACAUGGAGCUGGGGGAAAACUGGGAGAGAAACAGCAGCCACAAGCCUGACACAGUGGUAACUCCUCAGAAACCACGCUGUGUUCUCUGUAUCAUGUUGAGUGCUAUUUUAAUUGCAUUCUGA